GGCACUGGAAUAUUUAAAUUUUUUUACUAUCGGUAUGUGAUGUGAAAAAUUUAGUCACGUGGGAUUGACAAGUAACACUGGAAUAACGCCAGCAGGAUAUUGUUUAUAAACAUUGACAUUUAUAUAUAGAAAAUUUUGACAGCAAGUUGCAUGACAUUUUAAUUAAAUAUAUUUAAAAAUGUAUCAUAGACCGGCAGGAAUGUCCGAUGAGGAAUCUGAGGACGAUGGUUUUACAUUUCAUGACGACGACGAGAUUGACAAUAGAUUUAACAGAUAUGAGAACGAGAGAGAAACAAAUGGGGAAAUUAAUUUUGAUAAUAAUGGUUCGGGUGAUACAAUUAGAGGAAGACGUAAUGAUGAAUUUCAAGCUUUUACUGCUUGCAUGUCCGGAUCGAUUUCUUUUAUUGAGGAAUAUUUAGCAUCUGGUCGACAUAUUGAUGAUUUUCUACAUUCAGGAUGGUCUUUACUUUUAUACGCUGCUUCCGCGUCACAGACAGAGCUCGUGAAAUAUUUGCUUGACAAUGGAGCAAAUCCAAAUUUACAUCAAGAUGGUUUCACACCUUUAAUGGCCUUAAGUAAUUGUCCGCGAGCAACUCAAAAUUGUUUAGAAUGUCUAAAAGUUUUAUUGAACGCCAAAGCCAAUACACAUGCAUGGGGUAAACGAAGAGAAACGGCUUUAAUGCUUGCUUGUAAAAUGCGAGAUGUUGAAUUUGUAAAAGAACUUAUUAGAAAUAUGCGAAGUGUUAAUGCAGCAGAUAGUGAAAAUCAGACGGCAUUAUUUUAUGCAGUAAAAGCUAAUAGAUAUGAAAUUGUUGAAGUACUAUUGUAUUGUAAUGCAGAAAUAUCCAUAAAAGAUCGAUUUGGAGAUAUGCCUUAUGAUAUUGCAAAAACUAAAGGAUACGAUAAAAUUGCUGCUUUAUUAGAUGAGGAGGAAUUUGAUGAAUCUCCACCAACAGCCGAUAUAUUGGAUAUAAAUGAAUGGAAGGAUUUAUUUCCGGCAAUUGCAUCAAAGAGGAAGGAUAAAUUAAAUUUUGAAAUAAAUACAAUAUUAUAUGGAAUGAAUUUAGAUGGAUAUAAGGAACUUUUUCGUGGAAUGGAUUUGAAAACAUUUUUAAAACUCGGUGAAGACGAUUUAGAAAAAUUGGGAAUGGAUAUCAGUAUUCAUAGAAAGAGAUUUGUUGCCGAUCUUCAUAGAUUUCAUUCAAAAAAAUGGAAUAUGAAUAGUUUGGGAGUUAUUAAAAAAAAUUUACCCUAUACAAUAUUUGAUGGCGUUCUAACUUUAGGCAAUGCUGCGAGACAAAUUAACAUCGUUGGAACAAGUUUUCGUUUUAUUGUGAAUAAUUUGAUGAGAGGGCAAAAAGAAAAUUUGGAACUUUCUCCUCAGCAAAAAGUCGAUUACAGUAAUGAGUUAGAAGAAACGGAAAAAGAGUUAAUAAGACUUAAAAAUGAUCUAUUUCUGGUGAAACAACUUGCGGAUAAAAUCGAUAAAGAAACGGAGAUUAAACUGCCAGCAACUUUCAUUGCUAAGAAGAGAAGGACUUAUAAAUUGAAAAUAGCCAUCGGGAUUUUUGCAAUAAUCACCAUUUAUUUUGCAAAAUCGAAAAUUUCCAAAUUGUGCAUCGAUUAAGGGAGAAGUAUUUUUUAUUUUACUUUUUUUAUAUAAAAAGUGAACACAAAUAUCGUCUACCUCGAAUUAAGUACAUUUUUUAAAAAAUAUCUUCUGUUAAUAGUUUAAGAAAAAAAUUACUUUAUUUUCGCAUUUAGUAUUAAGAAUGAGAGAAGACUAUUGUGAUUUACUUUAAGAAUUUUUCUAAAUAUAAAAAUUAAUUUUCUUAAUCAAAUUAA